UCUCAGGCCAUUUUCACAAUUAUAUAGCUUCCUUACGUCAACAACUUUAGAAUGAAGAUAUCUCGAGCUCACAUGUGCUUACAAACAGCUUGCCAUUCAGUUCUUGGCCCCACCUGUGACAGACCGAUUCUCCCAGUUUUCUGAAGGGGCUUGGUUUUGCCCCGCCAAAUAUUUUGGACCACUUAUCUUAUCGUCAAUCCCACUUCCAUCCCAGUUCGACCAUCGAGGUGUUGGAUUACGACGCAUAUCUCAACCUUCUGUUGUCACCCUUGAUAGAAAAGUCUAGAGGUGCUCGUUGUUUAUAUUCAGAAAAUACCAACCCUACCAACUGUACAUUUCACACCCACCAUCACACACAUUCACCAUGCCGGUCGUUAGUCCCGAGAAGCUGGCAAAGCUCCAGCAAAACGCCGACGAUGUUCGAAAUAUCUGCAUUCUCGCGCAUGUAGAUCACGGUAAAACCUCACUUACAGACGCUCUUCUUGCCACAAAUGGCAUCAUUUCACCGAGAUUGGCCGGCAAGAUCCGCUACCUCGAUUCCCGUCCAGACGAACAACUGCGUGGUAUCACCAUGGAAUCAUCAGCCAUUUCUCUCUAUUUCUCCAUGCUGAGAAGGUCAAGCCCAGAGGCUACCCCUGAGCCAAAGGAAUAUCUCAUCAAUCUCAUAGACUCACCCGGGCACAUCGAUUUCAGCAGUGAGGUCUCGACGGCAUCGCGACUAUGCGAUGGGGCUGUUGUUCUGGUGGACGCAGUAGAGGGUGUAUGUAGUCAGACGGUCACAGUACUCAGACAAACGUGGAUCGAGAAGUUGAAGCCAUUACUCGUCAUCAACAAAAUCGAUCGCCUUAUCACCGAGCUCAAGAUGACGCCGAACGAAGCAUAUAUUCACCUCAGCAAACUACUAGAACAAGUCAACGCUGUUCUGGGUAGUUUCUUCCAAGGCGAGAGAAUGGAGGAGGAUCUGAACUGGAGAGAGAGAAUGGAGGAGCGCCGAGCCCAGGCUGUGGCAAACAAGGAGGCCCAAUUGGUGGACCAGCAAAGCGAUGCCGGCGAUUUACAGUUCCAAGAAAAGGACGACGAGGAGAUCUAUUUUGCCCCUGAAAAGAACAAUGUCAUCUUUGGCAGUGCCAUCGAUGGCUGGGCGUUCACAGUACGGCAAUUCGCUGGCUUGUAUGAGAAAAAGCUCGGUAUCAAGCGCAGCCUUCUUGAAAAGGUCCUUUGGGGCAAUUUUUACCUCGACCCGAAGACCAGGAAGGUUCUCGGGCCAAAACAUCUGAAAGGCAGAAACUUGAAGCCUAUCUUUGUUCAAUUGGUGCUCGAGACUAUAUGGGCUGUCUACGGGGCCACCGUGGGUGGUGACCACGGAAAGGGGGAUCCAGCUAUGCUGGAAAAGAUCACAAAGUCUUUGAACAUCACCAUUCCACCUCAUAUUUUGCGCUCCCGCGACCCGAAGUUACUUCUUACCACCGUCUUCGCGUCCUGGCUUCCACUUUCGGUGGCACUCCUGGUUUCAGUUGUUGAGUCGCUACCUUCACCCAGAACCGCCCAAGCCGAACGUCUUCCAGAAUUGUUGCAGGAAGUGCCUGGUGCGGACCAAAUCGAUCCUGCCAUCAAGGAAGCCAUGGUCUCAUUCAAAAAGAAGAAGUCAGACCCCAUGGUGGCGUACGUGAGCAAGAUGGUGUCAGUCAAGGAGAGCGAAUUGCCAGAAAACAGAAGAAAGGGGCCAAUGAAUGGCGAGGAAGCCCGAGAUCUUGCGAGAAAGAAACGCGCCGAGGCACUCCGUGCACAGAAAGAGGCGAGAGGCGACAGAGAGGAUGAUGACGUUCAAUUCAUCACGGAUGGACUUGCAAGCGCCUCUCUUGAGGCCCAGACACCAGAAGAGGAGGAAAAGCCUGCCGAGACCGAGCAUUUGAUUGGUUUCUCUCGUAUCUACUCCGGAACCCUCUCCGUCGGUGACGAAGUUUACGUCUUGCCACCAAAGUUUUCGCCAGCCAAUCCGGUUGCUGAGCCAGUUCCCAAGAAAGUCAAGGUUAAGGCACUCUACAUGAUGAUGGGCCGCAAUCUUGAGCUCCUGGACACAGUCCCGGCUGGUGUGGUCUUUGGCAUCCGUGGGCUUGAGGGUAGCGGCCUGCUCAAGUCUGGCACAAUAUGCAGCCAACUCGAGGGAUCUGUCAACCUUGCUGGUAUAGCAAACCUGCACGGCAAACCCAUCGUCCGUGUUGCUCUUGAGCCGGAGAAUCCAUCCGACUUGGACAAGAUGAUCAAGGGUCUCCAACUGCUUGUGCAGAGUGACCCUUGCGCCGAGUAUGAACAAUUUUCUACCGGUGAGCACGUCUUGUUGACUGCCGGUGAACUGCACCUGGAACGCUGCUUGACCGAUCUCAGGGAACGCUUUGCCCGCUGCGAGAUCCAGGCCAGUGCCCCUAUCGUGCCCUACCGUGAGACAAUCGUCCGCGCAGAGGAGAUGCGUCCUCCGGUCAACAAGGAUCUCGGUCGUGGUGUUGUCGUUGGUGUUACCAGCUCCAAGCAAGUCACCAUCACUCUUCGCGUGAGGCCACUUCCAGCGAAGGUUACCGACUUCCUGGGCAAGAAUGCCGCCAGUAUCAAGACUCUUUACUCAGGCCCGAAGAAUGGUGACGAUGAAGGCUCCGUAGCCCAAGAUGAUUCGUCCGAAGCAGAUGCCGUAGAGGACAACGACCUCACUAUCACCAAGGCUCUCACCGCAGAGGAGCUGUCCAAGGAACUUCAAUCCACCCUUGACAAGAGUGAAAAGGCCCGCGACGCCUCCAUCUGGAAGGACGCCGUGGACCGCAUCAUCUCUUUCGGCCCCAGGCGCACAGGCCCGAACAUUCUCAUCGACGCGACCAAAGACCAGUUCUUCCCCAAGGCCUUUGCCGCCGACAAGGAGGCUGUUGCCAGGGCCGUCAAGAUUUCUGGUGAUGAAUCCCUCGACGCCCGCCACUUCAGCGACAAGAUCGCCUACGCCUUUCAGCUCGCCACCCAUCACGGACCCCUCUGCCACGAGCCAGUCCAGGGCAUUGCUGUGUUCAUUGAGGAUGUCUCUGUCAACAUUGAGGGCAACGUCACCGCUCGUGACCACAUCAACCGUCUCACUGGCGAAGUGAUCAAGACUGUACAACAAUCCAUUCACAAGGGCUUCCUGGAUUGGUCACCCCGUCUAAUGCUGGCCAUGUAUUCUGUUGAGAUCCAAGCAGGCACCGAAGUCCUAGGCCGCGUCUACGACGUCCUCACCCGCCGUCGCGGCAAGGUCCAAUCCGAAGCCAUGAACGAAGGCACGCCCUUCUUCACCAUCGUCGCCACCUUGCCCGUUGCGGAAUCUUUCGGUUUCGCGGAUGACAUGCGCAAGCGCACAUCUGGUGCUGCCCAGCCUCAGCUUAUUUUCACUGGCUUUGAGAUUCUGGACGAGGACCCGUUCUGGGUGCCGUUUACAGAGGAUGAUCUGGAGGAUCUGGGCGAGUUUGGUGACAAGGAGAUCGUGGCGAAGAGGUAUAUGGAUGGGGUGAGGAGGAGGAAGGGGUUGUUGGUGGAGGGGCGGAAUGUGGCUACUGAUGCUUCGAAGCAGAGGACUCUGAAGAGGUAAAGGUGAUAGAAUAGGGGUAGAAGACACAAGAUUGGUGAGCAAAAAGAGACAAUAUUGUGCCCCAAAUGCCGUGGCCAUCUCUUCUCAAGUCGGAAACAAGGCCAAAGUAUCAUAGGUUCAUUUUAUCUAUUAUCAUAUUAUUAAUAAUGCUAAAUAU